AUGCCUCCUCGACUUUAUCACACUAAAUCCAAGACUGGCUGUGCUCGCUGCAGAGCUCGUCGCGUCAAGUGCGAUGAGGCCAAACCAAAGUGUGGUUGCUGUGUUCGCCAUGAAGUAGAGUGUUUCUACGACAGAACAGACCGCUGCAAGUCUUUGAGGCCAAAUAUUACCAAUGUCCUCGAUUCAGUAUUACACCAGGCAGGGACAGCAGCGGGCCAAAUCGCUGCUCACAACAGCGCACACACUGAGGAGUUGAUGCCGAUCAUGUCGGCAGAAAGCCGCGAUCGCCGCUAUCUCGAACUCCGACUGCUUCACUUGUGGACUACCGAGGUCUGUCAAACGCUUCCAGGCUGCUAUGAUCCUCAAAACCUCAAAAUCUGGUCUCGUGAUGUCCCCAAGCUUGCACUCGACUAUGAACCUUUACUCACCGGCAUCUUUUCCAUCUCUCUCUUGUACAUGGUCUUUAGCAACUCUCAGGUCGGCAUUCCGGAGGCCGAGCUUUUUGCGUACAGGGCAAGAUAUUUUGAGGCGACCGUGCGGCACCAUCGCAAGGCGCUUGGCUCAAUGGAUCACCGAACUGCUAAUGCGGCCGGCUUUACAUCCAUUAUUCUCAUUUUUGAUGCUUUCGCUAGCCUCAGAGAACGCUGGAUGCAACCGAUUCAUCCCAGCAUGCCCUAUAAGCCACCGACGGCAUGGCUUCAGAUGUGUAGAGGAGUCAGAAACGUUGUUGCGCUCGGGCUAGAUAUGAUCGGUGAAGACUCUGAUUCAUCUCUCAGUAUCAUAGCCAAGGGGGCUUCGCUCUUCGUUGAUCUGGAUACCAUUGACUCGGACGCGAAUCGUGCGAAAUUUGCUUAUUUACUGCCUGCAAAUGCCGAUGCAUCUCUAGAUGGCGCUGACUAUGAGGCAUACACAACCGCGGUUGCGUACAUAGGGUCGGUCGCGGCAGCAAAGGAAGCUGGAGAAGAGCAUCCGAAAAUAUCUCGAAGACUUGCGAUUUUCCCCACCAUCUUGCACGACCGUUUCCUCACGCUGCUCGAUGUGCCAAGCCCGCGUGCCAUGGUUAUCCUCGCGCACUAUUUUGCUUUGCUAUAUACCCUCGACGGGCUGUGGUGGGUGGGUAACUGUCCAGAAAAGGAGAUUGAAGCCAUCAAAGCCAAUCUUGGUAGCGAAUGGCUUGGUUUGAUGGAGUGGCCGCUGCAAAUACUCCGCGAUCGUGGUCGAACAUCCGCUGGGGGCGACGAUGGGAAGUGA